UGCCCUAAACAAUACGGGUUAUCGAAAUGGGGCAAUUAUCAAGGCAGCAAAUGCGACAACAGGUUUGAUUGGCAGCAGCUCCUCCUCCUCAUCAUCAUCAUCUGUGGCAGCUCGGCAAGCAGCGGUUAUCUGGAUAAACUAGACAAUUUGGAGCGCAGUGUGGCUGCUGUCCUCAUCAAGGUUGCCUAUGGCACCACUUCAACGACCAAACGGAGCAUACCCGAUAACAGUUAUAUUCUCGGUCUGACUACGGUAGCAACGCCACUCUUAACCACACUCAGAUACCAAUCGGCGCAUCAGCCGCAACACAACGCUGGGCGCCAUCGCACCUACGAGCUGGACUUGGAGCGAGAUCAUGCGUUGCCCACCUCAGCUCCCAACGCCGACAUACUCAAGAGCAACAAUAAUCCAACGUAUCCGAAUCCAAAUCGUCAUCACAGCAGCAGCAGUCACGAACGCGACCGAGAGCGCGAGCGAGAAAGGGACAGGGAACGUCAACGGCACACAAUGCUGCAAUAUAAUUCAACGCCAAUGCCCUCAAUACCCAACUUGUUGAAGAAAUCCAAUGGACAGCCAACGAUUCCCAUGUAUCCGGGUGAUAUACCCUCCUAUUCGCCGCCAUCGAGAUCUUUUUUUACGCCACCCUUGCCGCCGGAAUAUCAAAAUCCAUUCGCGGAUAAGCCCACAUUGCGUGGCACGAAUAAUGAGGGCAUUAUAUCGAAUACUGUGGCAUUUAGUAAUCGUAGACCGAUACCGCCGCCAAGUCUAAUGCCCGGGCACGAAAGGAUUCCGUUUAGACCGCCGGACUUGGCGGCUUCCAUAGGAAAUACGGCGGAGUCAGGAAUUAAUACCAAUGCUGGCUUAAAUGAGACCUAUUUGGAGGCCAAAAAGCCCGUGGAACGUAAAAAAGCGCUAAAUACGCCUUCGCGCAAUGAGGCCACCACAAUGGAGGCCAGCGAAAGAGAUACUAGUAAUAAUAAUAAUAACAAUGAGCAAAAGUUGUCGAUGGAGGCGAGCAACAAGGAGGCAAACAAGCGACAGGAAGUGUUGCCAAAUAUACGCCGUAUUUUGGGUUCUAAUGGCAAAAAGGGCGAUAUACCCGCCGUAUUGUUGAGGCAAGUGACGCAAAAGCCCAAUAAUUAUGCACAGGCGCCGGCAGCGCCAAUUGUGGCAGUGGCAACACAAGCGAAUGACAGUGGCAAUAAUAAUGCAGCUGGCAACACUGGCAGUGGCAACAAUAACAAUAAUAAUAAUAAUAGUGCGGAAUCUUCCAGUCCAAAUAUUAAUAAGAGCCGGCAACAGUUGGAGGCUGCCACAAAUAAUAAUCUAUCCUCAACGACAACCACAACAUCAACAUCAUCAACAACAACGACUCCGGCGGCAGCAGCAGCAGCAAUUGGUGAGGCAGCUGCCACAAGUUUCACAUCAAGUGUUAAGCCCAACUUGCCACCAAAUGUGGAAAGAACUGGUGGCAACAUUUUAAAUGUCUCACAUGCCACCUGGACUUGGGCUUGGAAUAUACACAUUUAUCUGUCCGUUGUCCUUUUUACCAUCCUGGCCGUUUAUUCACUCUACAAAUUGGUCACGUUCAACAAAUUGACGCAUCUAUUUGCGCAAUCUUAUUUCGUAUAUAUCCAUCUGAUUCUAAUUGCGAUCUGUGUGAUGCGCAUUAUUUAUUUGUGCGUCGAUGCAUAUAAUAUUCACAGCACAUUCCCUAUUUUCGCCGGGGAACUUUUACUCAAUUUGCCGGCGACUUUGCUGACGGUUGCUUUUGCUGUUUUAAUAUUGUUUUUGUUUCUAAAAUCGCUGAAUCAUAAAAAUAAUCGAUAUUCGGCGCUGGUGCGUCCCUUGACAGUUGUCGUUGGCUGCGGCGUCCAUUUGGUUUUGUGCAUCACGUUGCACUAUGUCGAGUCGUAUACGUUGCACAAUCAUCACAUGUACUUUCAGCAGCAGCAGCAACAGCAAUUUCUACGUCGCCAGCAACAAUUGCAGCUGCAACAGCAACAUUUGCACUUGCAACUGCAGCAGCAGCAACAGCUGCAACAGCAACAAUUGCCCGCCGCUAAUCCGGCACCUCCCCCCCGUGUACUCUCCCUCAUCUGUCAGAUUAUCUACAUAUUUAUCUGCCUCAGCCUGGGCCUGCUUUAUCUAUAUCUUUAUCGUAUACUCAAGCGCAUUCUGAAGAGUAAAUCUCAGAAUUAUAUUCAUGGUUAUCAAAAUCUUUCCUAUGCCAUUCACAUAACGAUUGCCAGCGCUUUACUUUUUGUGCUGUUGGCAACCCUGCAAAUAUUUGGCGCUAUUUGCAUUUCAACAACGCGUCCUUUGAUCCUAAAUCAAGCCUCCGACUUGGAUUGGCUCCAAUGGGGCUAUCAAUUCUCCUUGCGUCUCAUCGAAAUUGCAAUUAUUACGCUAAUUUCUUGGGUUACGGGUCUCAAAACUAGCGUUGGCAACAAUCCGGGCAAUAAUCCGGGCGGGAUUGCCUUAAACGGCGAUGCGCGUGCCACAAAUAAUUUGGGUCUGUCGGAACGAGAGAAGCAUAAUCAGCAACAGCAUCCAUCACAGCAUCCACAACAUUCUCAGCAUUCGAAUGUGGCCAAUUUUUUUCUGCCCUGCACGUCGAGUUCGAGUCAGGAGCAAUUUGACACGGAUUAUCCAGCCGUAUGCAAUGCGAACACAAAUUUGCACACGUAUACAAUGCGUACGGGUAAAUUGAUCUACGAUGAUAGCUAUGCAUUAAAUUCGCUUACACCAGCCGGAGCAACAACAGUCGGUGGAGCAGCCGGUGCAACAAAUCCCAUUCCGGGCGGAAUCAUUACGGAUUAUCAGAUGCAGCCAGAGCCUAUGUAUCAGCGGCCGUACGACACGGGCUCCAUGCGAAAUCACAGCCACAAUCAGGAGUAUAACAGCGCACGCUAUAAUCAUCAUCAUCAUCAGCUGCGGCCAGCGACUACGGCGUAUUUGGGCAGUGAUUAUUUGACGGACGGCACCGUUGAUCACUAUGAGAAUCCGAAUUUUGAUUUGCGUGCCACAACAACAACAGUAACGACACUACAAAAGCUCGCCAGUUCCGGUUCCGCGUCCGCAUCGGCUUCCGCCUCGAAUUCCGGGUCCGGUUCGGGUUCCGGUUCGAAUUCCGGUUCGUCACAGCAACAAAUGUUGCUACUGCAAAGCGAUAGUUGCUACUCGGAACCGUUGCACGAACCAAAUUCCUGUUAUGAAUUCAACAAUUUUGAGCGACCCGUAUUCAAAGAGGAGCGAGCCGUAGAAAAUGCCGGAGUCGUGGCCGGAACUGUACACAAGUUGCAAAAGUGCCGCAAGCCGGAACUGGACCCAGAACGUCGCAGCUCGAAUUCAACGACGAAUUCUUGCGGCUCAACUUCUACGGCGGGCUUGCGUUAUCCGGGCUAUAAUUCCUACGAAAGGGGAGGUAAUCAUUAUAAUAAUGGUGGCGUACGGAAAAGUGGCACGUUGAGCAACAUAGUCAACGGUUCUACAACAGCUCAGAUUAUGGCUGCAACUGCGGCUCCAAUUGCGGCCAAUCGAGGACAGCGUUUAAAUGGUGCUCAAACUUUGGCGCAUGCGGAAAGAACGCAUUAUUAUCAACAACGGAGACAACAAAAUCCGGCAAAUUUCAUAAAUCGCGCUGAUUACGAGCUGAACAACACUGAAAGAGAUCAAACAGUGUUGGUUAACAAACAGCAACAAUUACAGCAGCAAAAACAACAACAACAAUACAAUAAUCAACGCAAUUCCGAAGCGGAUGAAGAAGAGGAGGAGGAGGAGGAGGAGGAAGAUGGAGCAGAAGAAGAUGGAGAAGCAGAAGAUGAAGAAGAGGAAGACGACGAUUUAAUGAUUGGCGGCUGCAAUGUGGAGUGCACAAAUUUAAUUAAUAGUUCGGAGCAUUUCGAUAACAAUUGUAGUUUAACAAAUAAUGUUUGUCAUAUGCAAAAUAAGCAGAAAUUGGCCAAGUUUCAACAGCAAACGGAGCAGACAGCAGCAAGCACCCUCCAGCAGCGAUUAACGGCAACAACGGUUCCAGCAGCUGGAGCGGCAAGCUCUAACGCACAAGAAGCAUCCAACGCAAAAGGAGCACUAAGCUCAUGCGCAAAAGGAGCAAGCUCAAACGCAAAGGCAGCAGCGAAUGCAAAGGGAGCAAGCUUAUGCGCAAAAGGAGCAGUCGCCGCCAUUGCUGAUAUUCAUAAUAAGAAGCAGCAGCAGCAACAAAGUCGUAAUGCCUUAACGCAAAUUUGCAGCAAUAAUAUUAACGGCAUCGAUUGCUAAGCCAGCUACAAAUAUAUAUAUAUUUCAAAUUUGCCGUCGCAAGCUGUUGCCACACACAUACACACACACACACAUACAAUUCUUUGUAGUUAAUUCGCCACUUUCUACUCUCUUCAAACUUGUGAUAUACAUAUAUAUAUAUAUAAACAAAAUUCAUAUACACAUUCACACACACAUACACUAUGUAAAAAAAGAAGCAGCAGAAAAUUGUAGUAUUCCAAA